AUGCUCCAUUAUCAUAUUCUAGAGAUGCAAGAUUUUGUUAUUGCUGAUAUUUCCAAGAUGCAGACUGCAAUGUUUGUUAGUUUUCAUCCAAAGAACUUCUUGAUAGUGGGUUCAUUUUCUCAAUCCAUGUUAUCUAGGGUUCCUACUGAUCAUCCUAUCAUUCUUGAGUAUUUGAAGACUGCAGUUCAUACUGGAGAUGUUGGAUAUGAUUCAAUUCAUAAAAAGGAAAUUCCAAAGAAGAAAUCAAAAGGUUCUCAGCGAAAAAGGAAAACAAUUGUGUCUAUAAAAUCUAAAAAGAAAAAGAGGCGGAGGCUUACUCAACUUAUUAUAGAAGAAGAAUCAAGUGAGCAUACUGAAAGCCUUGAUCAUAAUGAAAAGGAGUGUGCUCUCAACAAUGAAGAAGAUUCUGCGAACAUUGGGCUGAAAUCAAUAAUUGUUUUGGAGCCAAUUCAAACUCCUCUUGUUUCUUCGCAUAUGGAAUCUGAAGCAUAA